AGGAAGGUGAGCCAGUAGUGAGGAGCGAGUAGUUUCCACAGUGUUUUCCAGCUGACCAAAGAUACUCGCGUGACCGCUCCUACUUAGGAUUCCUGUAGAGACACGUGUUGUAGACCGAGAAAUAAACUCCAACAGCUACCAGUUCAUUUUUAUUCUGCUCCCUCCUCCUUUUUUUAACCAAACACGCAAAACGCUUUAAAUGCAACGCUGUCUGAUCUAUGAGAAAGCCAUGGCAGCUGACACGAAGAACGGCGGGAGUUCGCUCAACAACAAUAACUGCAAAGACCACAGCAGGAGGAAGCUGCUGGUCGGAGUGGAUCUGUUCUGCCUGUUUUUAGCCGGCCUGCCUUUCUUGGUCACUGAGUCCAAGGCAGUUCAUCCUUACCCUAGAGGGUUUUACUGCGACGAUGAGUCCAUCAAGUAUCCGGCCAAAAACGGAGACACCAUUAGCGACGGUGUGCUUAGCGCUGCUGGCAUUCUAAUCACCAUCCUCUCUAUUAUAAUUGGUGAGAGCUACAGGAUCUACUUUUUGAAUGAAGGCUCCAAGUCUUUUGUGGGGAACCCGUACAUUUCUGCUCUGUACAAGCAGGUCGGGGUGUUCAUGUUCGGCUGUGCAGUCAGCCAUUCCUUCACCAAUAUCGCCAAAGUGUCAGUGGGCCGUCUGCGUCCUCACUUUCUUGACGUGUGCGAUCCUGACUUCUCCACAGUCAACUGCUCUCUGGGCUACAUCACUGACUACCAGUGUCGGGGCCCGGAGAGCAAAGUUCAAGAGGCCAGGAAGUCUUUCUUCUCUGGACAUGCGUCCUUCUCCAUGUACACGAUGCUUUAUUUGGUGUUUUACCUCCAGUCUCGCUUUACUUGGCAUGGAGCCCGUCUGCUUCGCCCUUUAACCCAGUUCACCCUCAUCAUGAUGUCUUUCUACACCGGCUUGUCCCGCGUGUCUGAUCACCAGCACCACCCCACUGACGUGCUGGCUGGUUUCGUACAAGGAGCCCUGGUGGCUUACUGCAUAGUCUUCUUUGUGUCAGACUUGUUCAAGCCCAAAGGAAGACGCUCUACUUUGUCUUCAACCCCUCUGAAGAAAGAACUUGUUCCCGCCGUAGACAUCAGAGAGCGGAGCAACCACCUCAUCAUAGCAUAGAGAAGGCUGCAGAGUGACUGUAUAUAACCCUGACCUGUGCCUUUUUUUUCCUUUUUUUUUUUUAAAUCACAACUACAGCCACUAGUCAAUACUGGAUAAUGGAAACUUCAAAGAUCUGGAAAAUGCAGACAAAUCUGGAGUCUUGAACAUCUCACUGGAUGAGAAGACGCUGCGGAAAAGCAGUUAAGCGACUUUAGCUUUCUGAAUGGAAAUUUGUCUUUAUUUCCCCUCUGAUUCACCAGACAAUCUCAGAGUGGAAAAGAGAGCUGACCUCCUUUUGAUUAAGAGAUCCUUGUCCCUGUUUUGUGUUAUGAAGAUGGAGAUGUCAACUGUCAGCUUAGAAAUGGCAGCUUUAAACAAAGCUGUGUGCGGCUUUCUUGCCUCAGCUGCAUCUAUGAGUGCCGGGCGCCACUCUGCUCCUGCCACUCGCUCACUGUGUGACCUGUCCUAACAAACCAUGGCAACCAAACAAAUUCCUUAAUUUCAGGAAGGAUGUUGUUUUCGUUUGGUUUGAUUGCAACACAAGCAGUCUGUAUGAUUUAUAGCACUAAACUCAGUAUUCUUUGUCACCACUUGAAUGACAUAAAGUGAAGCUUUUGGAAAGCUUUGUAAGCCGUCAAGUUUAAAAAAAAAAAAAAAUGUGCACGAUGUAAUGUUGCUUAGAAGCUGCACAUAAGUAACAGUAGUUGGAAAGUACAGUGAAGGCGUAUGUUUUGGAUGUGGGCCUGUUUCUGCAGGGUAGGACAAGCCCCCACUGAGCCAUUUAAUGAAAUGCCUGUUGUAUGUACCAAACGGGUACUCACAAGUGUUAGAGGUGUGUGUGUGUGUGUGUGUGUGUGUGUGUGUGGCCUUUAUGGCCAGUGUACCUUAAUGUCAAGUUUGUAUAUCUCAGUGUUUAUAGCCUACUCUCCAGCCAGAGAACAAGCACCUGCUCCAACUGACACAACUCAAAACAGGAGCACUGUUGCUCUGUACUAUUACUAAUCUUGGUGAUGAUUCCCAUGAUGACAAAUCCUGUGAUGUAUUGGAUUCUAUACAGGUGUGUGUGUGUUUGUGUGUGUAUAUAUGUUCAGUACAUCUACUGUAUAUGCACACAUACACCUAAAAAAACAACAAGACGCGCACUCAUAGAGCAGCAGCUACCUGUUUCAGUACCAAAGCACAAUUUAGUCAUUAUUUUCAGCACAUUUUAAAUAACUCAAAGUCAUGUAAAGUAACACAAAAGGGCUAGCAACAAGCUAGGGCUAGCUCUGCAUUAUAUAAUAGACGACCAUUUUAUAAUGAUGCCAGUAUAUUUGUAUGUUUUUAAUGUAAUUACCUAGCACAAUGAUAACUGUAACCACUGGGUGAAAUAUCAAAAUGUCAUCCUAACUCGACGGAGUUGAAACUUUAGUCUGAUGUGUUUAUAAAUGUACUUUAUAUAGAAUCUGAGCAUUCUUGUGUGUGUGUGUGUGUGUGUGUAUA